AUGGAGGAGCCCUCGACCACAGACAUGGGCCUGAAGUUCUGGGGCACGAGACCCGACAAGCGGCCCGCGGAUGACAUAGCGCUGUCUUCCGGGUCAGAGAGCGACACGGGAGCCGUGGCACCGCUGACCAGCACUGCCAAAAGCGGCAAGAAAGCUAAAGCGGGAGCAGGAGACGGAAGUGACCGAGACCAGCCCCAACUCCUUCAACACGGGUGCCGAGUCGGACUCGGCGCGGAGCGGGGCUCGACGCACGACGCGGGACUUGCCCAGGCGAAGCGGGAGCUUCACCGCCUGAGGCGAGAGGAGCUCCAGCGCAAGGCCGAGCAGGAGCUGGCAAGCCUCACGCGGUCGCUGGCGCCUGGAAAGUCCCCUAAGAGUGGCGGGACGAUCUCGGGCCCACCAGACACAGACGGGGCGGACAACAGUGCGGCGUCGCUCCACCAAAGGGUGAAAAACAGCCUCAAGACGGUGGAGUUGGUGGCCACUGGGUCCGCCAACCUAAAGGGGACAUUUGUACGGGCCCUCAAGGUGGCUGUCGCGUCAAUCGGGGAAGCGGUCGAAGACCUGAAGGAGCUUACUUCCUCCGAAGAGACGCGACGGCUACAGAGGCAGAAUGCCAACUUGAGGGUGGAGGUUAAGGACCUGCGCUCCGAAGUGGAGGAGCUGAAAGCGGAGCUCCGGGCCCACUUCAAGAAGCAGGCCCCGCCCUCCUCGUCCCUCCCCAAAGAGGCACCACAGCCCGUCACUGUCCCCCCAGGACGUUCCGAUGUGGACGAGCUGGUCGGAGCAGUCGCGGCCAGGGUAGGGCGGAUGCUCGACGAGAGGCUCGGAGCUCUCGAACGCGACGGCAGGCUUUUGCCAGGGCGAAAAAAGGGCGACAAAAAGAAAGCCAAGGGUAAAGGCAAGGGUAAGAAGAGCGCGCCGAAACCGUCAGCGAAGGCCACCGCCACCGAGAGUCCUCUUCCACCCGCUGCCGAACCCCCCCGGCCAGCGGCCGCCACAUCCACUGACGAGGGCUGGAAGGUGGCGGUCGGCGGCAGAAAAAGAGGAGGAAAGCAGCAGCAGCGACCAGGGCAAGGGCGCCCCAGCCGGGCAAAGGAGACAGUUAACCUGGAGCAGUUCGGCAUCACCGCCUUGAGAUUUAAGCGGGCAGCCGCUGGCGGCAGGGUACUGGAAAUUCCAGGUGCUGCCAGCGGCGAGAAGGCUGACCUGCUGGCCGAAGCGCUAACCGAAAAGCUGGGGAGCGACGUCGUCAGAGUCUCCAGGCCGGUGAAGUGCGCGGAGCUGCGAGUCACCGAACUCGACGACUCAGUGUCCCCUGGCGAGGUGGUCGCUUCGGUCGCUAAGGUCGGCGGCUGUUCAGAGGGCCAGAUCAAGGCUGGAGAGGUAAGGCAGGAUGCCUCCGGCCUCGGCACGAUCUGGCUUCGCUGCCCAGUCGUCGUAGCCAAGAAGGUGGUGGAGGCCGAUCGAGGGCGACUCCAGGUAGGGUGGGUCCGGGCAGCGGUAAAACUGCUGGAUCAGCGUCCCAUACGGUGCUUUAAAUGCCUCGAAACGGGGCACGUGCGGGCAAACUGCACCAACGACGCUGAUCUCAGCGACGCCUGCUACCGCUGCGGCAAGCCCGGCCACAAAGCGGCUGCCUGCUCGGAGGAGCCACGCUGCGCCAAGUGCGCAAAGGAGGGGAAAAAGGCCGACCAUAUGCUUGGUUCCAAGGCGUGCCUAACCUCUGCCCCGAAAAAGGCGAAAUCGAGAGCUGGAGCCACCCGACGGGCCCCAUCCCAGCCCAGGAAGUCCCCAGCCAUCGUUAUGGAGACGCAGGAGGUGGACCCAACCAACGUCGAAUAG